AUGCCAUUUCUUAGACGGAACACAGCACCACCGCCAACCUUACCGGUGCACAAUGGCCCUUCUCGUGUCGCAUCAUGUCUUGAAUGGAUGACCACAGCAAGUUCUGUCAUAUUCACUGAACGAGACGAAUGGAAAAAAGAAUGGAAGAUGGUCAAGUACUCAGCCUCAGAACACAACAAACCCUUCAUCAAAAUUCUGGGGGAGAGGAGUGGGUGCAACUGUCAAGAUGAAGAAAUCUCAAAUUUUAUGGAUCAGCGUUCAUCGCCUCGCGGAGAAUUUGAAACACAGCGUGUUGAAGCGUUCUGUCAGGGUGCUGGUCAGCUCCUUGGCCUUGAGGUUCCAACCCGGGACCAACAGCCGGUGAAUGUUGAGGAACCUAGAGCGUGGGUGUCGGAUCGAAACUACUGGCUUCUUAAAGAUGACCCAGCAGAGACCUCUCGAUAUGGGAAUGUAUUAGGGCGCAUUGAUCUCUACAAUGUCCUGCGAAAAGAGCGAUAUCGUGAGAGUCCAUCAGGAGAGAUGGUUGGGCCCAUUCGACAUCUAUAUUUUGAAAGGUUUGUUAGCAAUCCUGAUGGUGCGAGUGUACUGGCAAUUUUGAAAACUGCAAACGCAUUCCAAGUUGCUGCUCUUCAGGAUCUUCUUGCUAAUUACAUAACAACUGACCCAAACCCAAGCAUUUCGCUGGAAGUCUCUGACCUGUGGAAUACAAGUUAUGUUAUCAGCUUUACAUUACCUUUCUACGCAAUUGGUCUUAGUGGAAGAGAAGACAAGCGCACUCUUCAUGGCAAGAAGCUGUUCCGCACACACUUUGACUUGGAGUCCUUUAGCAAAGAGGAACUGCGUUCGAUCCUAACCGACACGGAAGACUUGGCACCAGAAGAAAAACUACUUCUACACCAAGGAGUGUAUUCGUUCUCGGCGACUGGGGUGACUGAAGAGCAUUGGACGGCAUAUUGCUUUGAUGACGAAUUCUUUGAAAGUGAACCACGAAUCUUGGGGGACGAGGAAGAAACCCAAAGCCCAGAAGAGUGUGUUGACCCUAUUAUGGUCGAGGUCGAUGUGAGAGAUACGGCGAGCCAGUGGCGUCCAAGGCAGUAUUCUCUUGUUGCUUUAGCCAAACGGAUCGAUAAGGUACAUGGGCAUCAUACCCUUGUCCACGAAGUCUUCAGACAUAGUCUGGAUUCCUAUACACGCAGUAUCAGAGACAACUCCAACAGAACUCUCAACCACUCGAACGAACAAGCCUUGAAAAUAUACCCUGAUUUACUGAGCAGGGUGAUAUCCUACAAUAAUAAGAACAUCAAAGAGGUUGAAAGCUUUCUGGAUGAAGGUAUUCAGUUGGAUCAAGCUGGUGUACCUCAAGGGAUGCUCUGGCGGAGUUUACGCAGCGAUAUUCAAGCUCUAAAGGCUCUGCGUGCAAUCACGAAGAAUUUGAAAAAGCUGAAACGUGUUGGUGAUAAACUGGAAGAAAUCCAAAGAUCAUUCAAAGGACUCAGGCAUGAGUCUACAGAGACAGCUCGACUGUGCAGAUCAACAGAGAACCAGGGACGAAAGAGCAAAGGAGCUCGUCGUCGCUACGGUUGCAAGUUCGCCCCCUUGGCCCCUAGACAAAGGCAAAACUAA